CAAUGGGUAGCUAAUAUUUAGUGUAAAUUCCAUCACUUUUCCAUACUGUGUAGUAUAAUUUAUAAUAUUAAAUCAUCCAUAUUUAGGGAUUGUUGAUACUUUGCUCCGUUUCACACUAAUCAACGUACACAAUCAAGUGAACUGAGAAAAACUAAUUAUUUACUUUUGAAUUGAUUUAACUGUUACUGAAUUGCACUGCUUGGUUUAAUCUGAUAUAAUUUCUAUUUCCCUGAAGUUGCAACUGUAUUCCGAAGCAAGCGUUGCACUCCUGCAGUUGAAUAAUCCCAAAGAUUUUCAAGAGCUCAACAUACAGUCGAAGAAAAAUAUGACUAUAGAAGGGAAGGAGCUAACUUUAAAUCCAGCUUACUUGCUGUGGGAUCUCAGUGCCGUCAGCCAGGUUUGUAUGAAAGAUAACCUACUACCUUCCAUCUCUGGUUACCGAGAGGGAUAUGGAAUAGCUUGAGAAACUGCCUUCUAAGAAAAAUUAUCUUCUAAUUGACAGCUCUCUUAAUUAUAAUUGGGGUCUCAAAGGUCAAAUAUCUUCUAUUUUUAUUUCUCUUUCAUGGAGAUCUAAACUGCUAAACAGAAAAUUCAUCCAGCCUGUGUUGUACGUGGCAAAAUAGGUUAGUCAAGCCAAGAUGAAAUCAGGUACAAGAGCUCUCAACAAGUGGUUUAGGAAAUGACAGCCGUGAACCGCAGUCUACGAUGUAUAGUCAGAUAGUGCCCUACCAAACUGAAUACAAUCCUAAUCUGUCCCUCGCUUCAUCAUGUAGUGACCGCAUAUGUGCUUUAGGUGGGGGUGUAACAAGAUUGAUUUAUAAAAGUGACAAUUUCUAUUGAAAGCUAUACUUUUAGCAACAUUUUAGCACACACUAGAAUGCUUUAGAGGUCUGAAGUGUCCCUUUAAAGUGCUGGAUGUAAUUUUGAUUUAGGGGUGCCAUUGAGGUAAACAAAAUGAUAUUCUAUAAUCUCAAAUGGGGACAAAAAAAUGACUACACUAAAAAAUUAACAGACCCUGAAAUUGUGCCCUCUUUUCUUGUCACUUUGUAAAGUAGUUAUGGUGGAAACUAGUAUGUCACCACUAUUUUUGCAUUAUCUCCAUGAUAGGUGAUGUUAAAGGGACACUAUAGGCACCCAGACAACUUCAGCUCAUUUAAGUAAUCUGGGUGCCUUGCCCCUCUCCCCUUAGCCCUGUUUGUCAAAACACAGGGCUAAUCCCACCUCUAGUUGCUGUGUUUCAGAAAGCCACUAGAUGGUGUUUCUGGAGUCUUACCGGACUAGAAGUGGCCUACCUAGAAUAUCACUUUAAGAUAGCUGUAAGUGUGCAGAACAAGCAGUACACUGCAAAGUACACAAAGCUGGAAACAUUUUGUGGCCUUUGUUUUGCAAGUUAGUUGUCAGUUCAGCAGAAUUCUGUUUAGUGAAUAAACCCUAAAAUCCAGCAAUAGGGCUCUGUAAAUGAGCUUUUCUGAUCCAGCUGCUAUAAAUGUCAGCCAGCCUCCAGCUGAGAGCAUUUUGGCAUUCUUACUCUGAAGUUUGAAUUCUUCCCUAUUAUAAUUUGUACAUUCUAAGUUGAGAGGUGUAAUAAUAAUAGCUGGGUUAUGUAAAAACACAACAAAAAACUCCAUUAAUCUUAUCAGUGGAUUAAGGCAGCAUUAAAAUACACUAUAAUUGGCCCUGGACAGCUUUACAUCUUAUCAUUAGAGACUACAGAAUUUCACCUCUGUAAGAGAAAAUGCUUUAGAGCUCUAUAAGCUAGCCUUGUUCUAUGAUUGUCAAGGCAGAUAUAUAGUGAUAUGAAUACAAACAUUAAUUCCUAUUGCUAUAGUUUUACUCUAUCCAUGUUGGCGUCCAGCCCCCCUCCACAUAAGGCGUUAAAAGAGAAGUAUUACUUAAAAAAAAAAAAAAUUAAAAAUAUUUUUUUUAACUGAAUCUUGUUCAUUGAAGGUUUUCACGUUGCAUAAAGUAAAAUAUAGAUGUGUAUAAAAUACAGAGCACCUCAAACAAGGUAUAGCCCAUCUCACAAUAGUGCUGAACAAAGAGUACCACUUAGAAUAGAAAAGUAUCAAGUAUUGUACUUCAAGAUGAAAUAGAACAUGGUCUAACAGUACAUUGACUUCACUAGAACAAGGCAGUGAUUUGCACGGUGCAUCUAGUGACACUCAGCAGAAGAGGGAGGUCAAGAAUCCGAAGACUGUAUAUUACUUUUACUUCCUUGCUGGACUGGAAAUAGUGUAGCUUUUAUGAAAGGGCAAUGUUUUACAUUACAGGGUUAAAAUUACAGGGCAACUGAGAUGAAGUGUUCCGAAUACAUUUUAUGGUGCUUUUAAUAUACGUAAUAGGCCUAUGCUUAUAUACUUGCAUCAUAUAUUUUUGAAACUUCCCUAUUUCAUUCUUAAAUUUUGAAUACCCUUUUCAAUUUGCCGCAAUCAUUUAUUCAGUGAAUAAACCCUCAUGACUUUGUCUUGGGUGAAUUUAAUUAUGUUAUGUGGGUAGGUCAAAAAGGACACAUUGAGUGUCACCUGGGUUCCACGUAUUCUCGCCAUAAUUUCAAGGGAACAUGUUUGCUGCUCCGUUUACAAGAAUAGAUUCAUACCCCCCUUUGUUCCUUCUUGCAUAAUUGGAAAGUCAGGCAGUAUUGCCAUGAGACAAAUGUUUAGGUCUUGUUUAUAUUUACUGAACAUAUCACUCUCCUGACCUAACACAUAAUCUAGAUAUAUUUAUCUCGUGAAGAUUGUCUACCUCCAUAUUAGGUAUAGUUAGUUGGUGUACUCUUUUUAAACUUAAUGCCUUGGUAACCGGCCCACUUCCCAUCAUUCCAAAGUGGUAUGCUGCCUUCUAUUACCGUGGCAUACAUCCACAUUACACUUCCAUCAGUAACACUUUUUUUAUCUUUGGCAAUAGUACAUAAGGAAAUAAAAUAAGAUUGGCACAGAGUAUAUUACAUGACUCUACAGACACAUUCAAGUGAACACACUGCAACGUAGUAAAGUUGUUAGAUUCUAAAGAAUUCUAUUAGCUUUUUUACCCCAGCCUAUUUUUUUUUUUUCUUCAAAUUUCUCUAUGUUAGUUAUUUUUAAUAAACACUUUAUGUGCCAAAGAAGUGGCAGAUGCACUGCCCUUUGGAGUGUGCAGCCCACAAGAUCUACUCUACUCUUUCUUCUGCCCAGUGUUUCUUCCUUCCUACAAUCACCAUGCAUGUGUAGCAGAAGGUUCUUGAAAUGGACUUCAUUAUGUUGGACCAACUGCAUAAUGAAUUUUGGGGGGGAAAUUUUGUUUUAAAAUGACCAGCCUCAUGUUAGUUUGUGAUUGGGCAUUAGCCACACAUCCCGUUUAUUAGUCAAUGCAUUUGAUAUUUUUCUUAUUAAAGUCUUUUGAAAAAUUGUGCAAAUUACAAUGAAAACAAGGUAUUCUGUAGAAAAUGGAUAGCUAGAUCUAGAACAGAAGAAAAUAACAUGAAGAAAAAUGAAAAGUGACCUCAAAAAUAGUUAUUUAAAGAAAAUAGUUUUAGAUGCCUGGUAUGGCCUUACAGCAGAUGUAAAAAUGAAUUUAACUUAGUAUAGACACACUCCUGCCUUUAAGAAAACACAAAAUGACGAGUAAAGCGUUUUAGAAUAUAAAAUGGGCAGACUAGAUGGUCCAAGUGGCUUCGAUCUGUCUACAAUAUCUGUGUUUCUCUGUUGACAUAAAGCAAAUAGUCUGCACCAGGGGUAGCUCUUCAGCUGUUCUAGAAAUAAAAUUUCCACAAUUCAGAGCCAGCUGGUUCUUAGCCAGUCUGAAUAACAAACAAGAGAUAUGCAGUGCAACAACUGCAAGAGUGAUACCUCAAAGUUUAGAUCUGAUUCACCAUUUAAAAACUGCUCUAAAAGCAUAAUUUAGCCAACAUCAAAUUUGUGUGUCAUGUCAAUGUGAAAUAUUUUCGUUUAAGCUUAAACAGGAUGAAGACAUUUCAGCUAGUCGAUUUGAAGAUAAUGAGGAGCUGCGGUAUUCUCUGAGAUCUAUAGAGAAAUUUGCACCAUGGGUGCGUCAUAUUUUUAUUGUAACGAAUGGACAGAUCCCCUCCUGGCUGAACCUUGACAAUCCACGGGUCACUAUUGUAACCCACCAUGUAAGCAAUUUUUCCUUUUCUUAUCUUUAUUUAUUAAUGCAGUAAACCAUAUUAUUUAAUGACACUCCUAGAAGUAUUUACCCACCAGUUUUUAAUUCAGUCAAUAGAUCAUUUAUAAAAAACAAACAAAAAAAAACUAUCACUCUGGAAUCCACCCCCACCCCCCAAAAAAAGUGUGUAUGCGUUCUUGAUCCUACAUUAGCGACAUCUACUCCCAAAAAAUAAAAAAAUGGCGUAGCUCGGUCUACCAAUUGAUAUCACUGCAAGAAUUAGUAAGUGUGUAUGGUAUGUGUGUGAUUGCACGCAUAUAAAUUCACUAUUUUCUUCCAGUGAAAGAACACUCAAAGCACUACCAUGAACCACUACAGCUCGAAAGCAAUUUGACAACUCACCUGGGGUCUGCUGGGUGUCAAUUGCCUCCCUCUCUGCCCCCUGCGUAGCACUGCACAAGUCCAGCUGUGCAGGUAGGCACUGACAUUCUUAUCCAGUGAGCUGGCGUUACAGGAGAUUCCAACUCUGAGAUGUGGCAACCAAUGCCCAAAGGAUUCCAGGCAAGUUGUCAAAUCAUUCGAAACAGGUUUACCCCAGUGCUCUCCUGGAACCAUAACCACUAUGGUGGGCUGUAGUGGUUACGGUGUUCGGAGGUUUCCUACAAGGAAGUUGUGCUUGCACAUGCACAACUCAACCACAAGUGUCACCUCAAGUGUAAGUCACCAUCUUUGUUUCAUUAAAUUGAACUCCUGUCACUCAUUAAUUUAUUUCAAGCCAAUGAGAUGUCACGAAUACCUGUCUUGUACAUGAACGAACAACAUUCUAUUUAUUUCUAGAAAUUAAAUGACACUUGUGCAAGGGAUAUAACUUCCUGCUGUGAUCUCAACACUUACCACAGUGACGCUUUAGUACAUGACUUUUAUUUUCUUUGGCAAACAUGCUUCUGGCAUAAUAAAAACAUGGAGGUUUUUUUUGUUUGUUUUUUAGGAUAUUUCAUCAGAAGCAUGGUGGUAGUUGAAAUGCCAGAAGUGGCUCUUGUAAUAAGAUUGUACCAAUAGCCAAGGAUUCAGACCUUUUUAUUUUGGACAUGUGUGUUGUAGCCUAAAUAAGCAAAAUAUAAGGUUGCCCAAUGCAAUACUGUGAUUUUAAUUGAUGUGCAAGACAUUUUGAUGGAGUUAAAUAGGAGGUGGUUAUUGUAGAUAUUUGGUUUGGAGCUGUUUACACUUAUCUGGGACCUUUCCAACGUAAUGGCAUCUUGUUUAUUAUUUUUAUCUGUCAACAUGAUAAAUGUGACAUCUGACAUGUGUAUCAACUGGAUAUGCUAAGGUAGUUUAUCACUGAGAGCUAGAGUUGUAAUUUAGGGGUUUAUUUACUUAACAGAGAACUUGUGUGAAUUGCAAACAAUAUUAGUCUUCUCUCUUUCAACUUAACAAAUUUAACCUAGUGUUUCUAAUUUAGUCAUUUUCCCAAAUUUGAUAUCCACAACUCCUCUCCUGUUGUAUCGGUAAAAGGGAGAGGUGUUUAUUUAAGGAGAACUGCAUCUUGGGAUUGUAACAUCUCUGAAAUGCACCAACUAGCCUUCAAGCAUUGAUGAGUUAUUACAUGUUACAUAUGUGUACUCUUUUGUCUUUCCUGCAGGAUAUUUUCUUGAACACAAGUCAUUUGCCUACCUUCAGUUCUCCUGCUAUUGAAAGCCAUAUCCACCGAAUACCAGGGCUUUCUCAGAAAUUCAUAUAUAUGAAUGAUGAUGUCAUGUUUGGGACAAAUGUUUGGCCAGAUGAUUUUUAUAGUCAUUCAAAGGGACAAAAAGUAAGUAAAAGUAAAUUCUAUUUAUCGACUUUACUCUGAAAAACAUUUAUCUGCCUUCCAGGUGUACAUACAUGUUUUUUGUGUUUAAUACAGAAAUACAGUUUAGUAGAAGUAUCUUGUGGUGUUCUCUACCACAAUAAACUCCAUUAAUUACAGAAAUCUCAGAGUUGAUGUGAUUGAGUUGACUCCCUGAAAUUUUGGUAAAAAACACAAUGUAUGCUCUCGUGAGCAGGGCUGACAAGCUGCCUUUGGUGCAGUAUGGCACAGCAGGAUUUAUCCUAAGACAACCUUAGGCUGCUGCCUAGGACACAUGGGCUAGACCUGUGUCCUAUAGACCAUGAAUUUGCUUGGCUUCAUUAACCAUCCCUAUGUGGGGGUCAAACUGGUAACCCACCUAGGGUCUCACGGGAUCAUAAUCCUUUGAUUUAAAGAGAAGCCAUCAGUUCUCUAGUAGUUAGAGUAUUGAAUAAAACCCUGAAAAUCAUUUAUAACUUAAAGUGCUAACUUUUUAAGAGAUUCUCGUUUUUCUUUGUCUUAUCUGGAUAGUAAAGAUUUAGCAAUUGGCAUCACGAUACAGUUAAUUUUUGGCAUAUCCAGGGCACGUACUGGAGGAGGUGAUAAUCAACACUCUUCCUGUCUCUCCUCCUCUUUAUCCUCUCUGGAUUAAGUGACCUGUGCAAAGGGCUGAGCUUACAACAAUAACUGACUGGGAGUUACUUUUAAUUUUCAGACCUCACAAAUACAUAUUUGUUAAAUAUAGGGAAUAAUUCAAAAUAAUAUACAUUUUCUGGAAAGUGGCAGUUCCUCUAGUACCUAGGUUUGGCAUCAUUAUGACUCACCAAUGUUAGUAAAGCCAUGUAGAUCAGGAGCAAUGUAAACGUACUUAAUCAUUUUAAUUGAUUUUGUAAAAAUGGUUCUUGAAUAUUUACAGUGAAAUGUCAGAUGCUUUAGGGGUCAUGUGGUUUAGUUUUGUUUAAAUAUGUGCGUAUGACAUUUGUUUCUCAGUUACUCCAAACCCAAUUAAAUGACUAUUCAUGUGAUCACUUAUUGUCUUUGCACUAAGGUAUACUUGACGUGGCCUGUUCCCAACUGCGCUGAGGGAUGCCCAGGAUCUUGGAUUAAGGAUGGCUACUGUGACAAAGCCUGCAAUAAUUCAGCAUGUGAUUGGGAUGGUGGUGAUUGCCUCGGUGAGAAUAUUUUAAACCUCUUUCAAGCGUCUUGGGUUUCAGUCUAAAUAGCAGAUCAUUUACAAGAAUAAUUACUGUAACCAUUGGCAGUGCCUUUCGUUCCCCUAUUAGAUAAACAUAAUUAUGUUGUUGAGAUAUAUGCAUCUGUUCACCUCAUUUCCACUUUGCUGAGUUUCUUGUACACGCCUUAUGCUUUGAUUAAGGGUUUGAUUUAAGGUGAUGGGAUUUCAUCACGGCUUCUGGGUCUCUCGUGGUCAUCCAGUCUGAAUAGCCUACUCUAUGGUGUGAAUUAAUUUUCAGAUCUGAGUUUCUUGUGUUUCUAAAACUAAGGCCAAGGAGGAUGUGGAUGUUUUUGAAUAUAAGCUAGUCAGUCAUAUACUGUGCAAGAUUAUAUAAAUGAUAUAUCUAUGAGUGUUAGGGAUUCCCUUGUUUUUAUUUGGGAAACAUAAUUUCGAAGUAUUAUAAUGAAAGUAGGCUAAGCCUCUUCUGUUGUCUCAAACUGUAGCGCCAGAAUACAAAAAAUAAACGAAACCUAAUCAAAACUGCAUUCAUGGUGGUUGUUAAAAACAUUCAAAAUAGAUGGAGCCUCAAUUACUGAAUGGCCACUGAGGGAGCCCUGUGGACAGUGGACUGUGCGGCCCAUUACUGGCUUCCAUUCAACAUUUGACCUGUGUUUCCUCUUCAUUAGUCUCUCCCCUUGUGUGGCCCUCUCUCCCCCUCAGUGUGUGUGUGGUCCCCAAGAGCCCUUAACAUGGAGAUGAAAAAGCAGCUAACCCAGGAGCUGAGAAACCGCUCCUCGACUCAUGUGACAGAGUUGGUAUUAGACAAUUGUCUGUCCAGCAAGAUUGAAAGGUUUAGUGAUGUCUAUAUAGAGAGCUUCAGUUUCUUAGCCUGGCCAACAUAGAGCUGACCUCUCUUGCAAAACUCUGCAAACUGCCCAAAUUACAAAAAUUAAAGCUCAAUGAUAACAGCAUUUCUGGCUGCUUGGAUGUAUUGGUAGGAAGGUGUCCUAACCUCAAUUACCUCAACUUGAGGGGAAACAAGAUUAAGAUUUAUGCACAGUGAAAGCCAUUAAAAAUUUAAAAAAAAAUCAGGAGCUUGGACCUUUUCAGUAGUGUGAUCACCAACCAAGAAGAUUAUAGAGAGAAUAUUUUCCAGAUCACGUACCUGGAUGGCUUUGAUCAGAACGAUAACGACGCUCCCUACGGAUAAGGAUGAUUAACAAGUGGAUGGUUAUGAGUAUGCAGAGGAUGAAGAAAAAUAAGCAGGGCCUCCUGGUGAAUAUGAGGCUGAAUCAGAUUUAGGAGGAAAAGUGGGAGAAGAAGUUGGGUAUCUUAUUGAAAGAUGAAAUUCAUGACGAGGAAGAUGAUGAAUAUAUAGAAGUUGGGUGAAGGAGGAAGACCUUGUCCUGCAACAUCAUCCUGAAAGCAUCACUUCCUCAAUGACUGCCCAAUACAAUGCUCCUCAUAAAGGAAUAUUGGGGACGAGAAGCGAGUACGCUUGAAUGCCUUCCUAAAAGCUGCAUUUUAUUAUGUUCAAUGUCCUCAUGGACGUUGAAUGUCACAAGACUGGUGAAACUCUGUCAUUGCAGAGAAAGUGUCUCAGCCACAAGAUUUGUGUUUAACCCUGCGAUGUAAAAAUUGCAGUUUCUGCAAAACUGCAAUUUUUCAUUGCAGGUUUAAAAGACCACUAAAGUCUCCCAGACCACUUUAUCUCAAUGAAGUGGUCUGGGUGUAGUUGUCCUGUAGUUUUAACCUAUACAGGUAAAACAUUGCCAUUUUGCAAAAAACUGUACGAACAGCCACUAGAAGCUCUUCAGCCACUAGAAGCUCUUCCGCCACAACAACCAAGUAAAUCUUGGCCAUGUGGUAUUUCAGCUCACCGGAAAGCACUGAAUUAAAUGCUUUCCUGUGAGAAGCAUUGGAUGUGUGCAGCACUCACGGCGCAUGCUCAUCAAGUCCUCUGAGAGAAGCAUUGGAUUGGACCAGUGGAGCUUUCAUGAUGACUUUGUGGAAAGAGGUCACUGCACACAGGGCCACUGCAUCCAGAUCACUUGAUUGAGAUGAAGUGGUCUGGACGACUUUAGUGAUCCUUUAAUGCAAGUCAAAAUAGACUCUUCUCAGUAAACUGGUCUUUCUCUAAUUUCCCAUUACAUUUUGGAGACUAUUAAUAAUCAAAGGCAAUCUAUUUAUUUUACAAGAAGUCAUAAAAAUGACUUGCAAAGUUUAAUCCUUUUACUAUUAAUGCUACAUAUUCUAAAUGUUACAUCUUGAUCUAGUUAUGAUCGGUUGUCCCUAAGAUAUAUUUGACUAAAUCAAAAGAACAAACUUAAAAUACCUAACAGAAUACUUCCCAUUGUUGUCUUCUGUAUAAAAUUGCAUUAGAUUGUAUUGUGUUGUGCGUUUAAUCCCUGUCUGAGAAGCCACGCGUUUUUAAGUAUUAGCUUUGUGAGGCUGGUCAUAUUUCAGUACACAACAAAAUAAUAUUCCAGAGGGUGGCUUGAAGGGGAAAUGUCGUGUUAAAGAUUUUUAAUAGUUUACUCCUCUUUAUCCUGCAACAGGGCACCUACAUGUUACGUGGUUGGAUUGUUAUGUCAUUUGCUCAAUAUUUAAUAUAAAUUUUCAAACAAAAAUGGAGCAUCACAUCAAACAAGUGAUAGGUGAUUUUCAAUUCCGUAAUUCCCAAAGGAGGAAACACCCAUUCCUUUUCUCUACCCUCAAUUUACUCCAUCCCAUAAUUUCAGUGCCAUUUAUCUCAUGUAGACUGCAGUAUACAUAUAAGGGUUUUCUAAAUGAUAAUAUACUUUCUACAGUUUUUUUCCCCACUGUUUCCUAAUCGUCUGCAUAUUUAAUAUAUAUAUAUAUAUAUAUUUUUUUUUUUCGUUUCCCUGUAGGAAACUCUGCGGCUGGACGAUUCUCCCCAGUUCUAGGUGGAGGUGGUGCUCUAAAUGUGCAUCCGUGGCAACCCGGAGUUGGAAUAACCGGUGUCUCCUACUGUAACCAAGGCUGUGCAAAUUCAUGGCUUGCAGAUAAAUUCUGUGACCAGGCUUGCAAUGUUCUGAGCUGUGGUUUUGAUGCUGGCGAUUGUGGGCAAGGUAUGGUACUCCCAUUGUUUUUCAUAGUGUCUGAUAACAUAGAUGAAGGCCUUGCAAUGUUAAAAGCACACAAUUCAAAGACAUUGUUUAGUUGCAACAUGAUAUUGAUGUGUAACCCUGUACAAUGGAAUGGACUUUUACCAACUCUUUAAUCAGAGAAGUAGCAGUCCUUUAGUAAUCAGUGCUAAAUAUAGAAGGACAAUUUACAUAUUUAUGAAACUAUGUGUCUUAUGUAGAGUGUUGUGUUGACAGGAGUAUUAACAAAGUAUAUGAUCUUCAAUUGACAGUAUGCAUAUCGUCCAUAUUUACAUAUCUAGUACACUACACGAUAUGCAUUAGGCAUCUCGUCCAAAUUUAAAAAGCUAUGUAUACUUCCAUACAAAGAGAUAGGACAGAGGGUAAAAGGAAUUCUUUAUAUUACAAUAGACUCCGUAAAAUAUAUCUUUAAAGUGGACUCUCACCAUUCAGUAUAAUUAUUUACAUAGUGUUUUCUUCCAAAUUGAAGAAUCAAACCAGGUACACAUGAAAUAAGCCAAGAAGAAUGGUAAAACAUGUAAAGAUUUGUUUGUGAAAAUUGUGUUUUAAAAUUGGAGCAGUUGUUGUGGAAACCAAUGGAAUGUUCCUUCUGAUUGCUCCACUUUUAGACCUUUAUCACCACUAGUGUGUUGGCUGUGUGCAUUUUCCAUUUCCUGGUGAUGUAAGGUUGUUUGAAAGUAGUUUUUGGAAUUGAAAAAUCUGAAUUAAUUUGCCAUGCUGAUGUAGACUGCCAGAUAUUUGAGUUGUAAAGGUAAAUGGAUACGUUAUUUUACUGCCAAAUUCUUCUUUCUUCCUGCUUUGAAUCAGUUACCAAAAUAUAUGCAUGUGUAAGAGGCUUUCUAUGAUGGUUUUAACAUCUUAAACCUACUGUUACACUUUUGUGUUGUGGCAAACAUUUGAUUUUUGUUUCAUACUCUAUUUUGAGAUUCUCUGGUUUCUCAGUUUGCAUAAUGUGACAUUUAUCAUGGUUUUCCUUUCUGUGCAUUGCAUCAAAUCACUGUUAGUAAGCGAAUCAGAAAAAUCUAAUAAACCAGAAUAAAUCUAUCCCCUAAAGAUGAUUUAACUUAUCGGUUUCCAUACCAGCUAUUAUUUAGAGAAGAAAGAAAAAUUAAUUUAAAAAAAUGCUAUUUUAAAGAUAAAGUGGCAGGUCCUCUGUACACACUCUAUUUCCUUGUGUAUCUUGUGUGAACAAAAUAGAUAUUAUCCCUAUUGCUUUAGAACACAAAUAUAAUGCAAUUUGCAGCCGUGUAACACUCAGUAUUUUAUGGUGGAGCCUUAGUAUCUUAACCUUCCAACUUGAGUUGUACAAAGGUUCCACCAACAACUCAAGUUGGAAGGUUAAGAUACUAUUUUAACUUUUAAUAGAAACAUGUGGAAAUUAAUUAAAAUGUAUACAAUGCUUGAAUAAAUUGAAGGUGUGUCAUUGAAUUUUCUACUUUUAUUUCUUUCCAGACCAUUUUGGAGAAAUGUACAAGUUAGACCUAUAUCUCAAUCAAACACACUAUGUAAUUCCAAAAGGAGAGUCCUUCCCCUACUUUAACUUUGCUGGUAUCGCCAAGAAGGUAGUUGAUGGUGUUUACAAAGAUAAUCCAAUUGUUCGCCAUGCUUCAAUAGCCAACAAAUGGAAAACAAUUCACUUGAUUAUGUACCCAGGGAUGAAUGCUACUGUGGUCCAUUUCAAUUUCACUUUCCAGGAUCAAAAUGAUAAAGAAUUUAAAAUGCAGAUUUAUAUGAAUGUGGACACUACAGAGGAUCAAAAAAGGAAUGGUACUACAUCAGUGGUUGAGAAAAAGGAUGUGAUCGUCUCAACACCAACUCCAGAGGCAGAAGUCUUGUUUGAGGAUAUCCCCGAAGAAAAACGUUUUCCAAAAUUGAAGAAACAUUCAUCUGUUAAUAGCACCAAACUAGAUAUUAAUGUUCUUCAUGUGAAUGUCUCUCUUCUUCCCAAUAAGGUCCAACUUGCUCUUCAGGAACUUGAUAUGAAGCUAAGUAAUGGGGACGUAACUUUAAAAGGAUACAAUUUAUUAAAGAUGGUUCUCCUUGAACCGUUUGUUCAUUUAGCUUUCUAUAGUGAUCAUGGUUUAAAUGGAAAUAAGCAGCCACUUAAAGAUUUAACAGGUUUUCUGGCAAAGGCCGAAGAAGAGACUGAGCAGUUAGUUGGCAUGCAUACAAAUCAAACCGGGAUUAAAAACGAAAAAGCCUUUCAGAUUUCUGAAAUUAAACCAAAAACAGAUGAUUUUGACCGUAAAAAUAUUAAGUCUUUAAGCAAAAACACGUCUCCAAAAAAUAAGUUAAGUAACUUAGAUAUAAAACCACCUCAAGACAGCAAUAGUAAAGAUACCUUGAAAAAUGGAGAUGAUGGUGGUCUACCGAGGAGAAAAUUGCAGCAAUACCAACCAAGAAGGGAGGGAUUUUUACCUUGGGAAAAGAAGAAGUAUUUUAAAGACAUCCUCGAUGUAAGUAUGACCUGCACACGUUCUCAGUUAUAAGAGAAUUUUACAUAGAAAUCUGCAACUUAGAAUGUUGAAUCUGGCAUUUCUAAAUUAAAAUGGCUUGCAUUUAUGAGACAUUUAUGGUAGUAAAAAAAUAAAAUAAUUUUUUUAAAAAAAGUAUAUGCAUGCACUGAUCAAUUCUACUCAAAAGAAGUAGAAACCUCUUUUACAUAAAUAAUCUUUAGUGUUCUUCUAACACUAAUGAACCCUUUACCAUAGGGUAUUUUUCUUUAAUAAAUCUGAUAAUAAAUAAGAGAAGAGCAUUUAUUUGCAAGCAUUUAAACUUAAGACAAACGAGCAAUCUCAUGUAUAUAUUGCUGUUAAGGGAAACCAAAAAUAAAAUUAUGUAAAAUAUGUGCACUAUAAAGUAGAUUGGCGUAAUUCCAAUUAUUUAUAUAGCGUCCACAUAUUCAGCAGCACUGUACAAUAGGUAAACAGGACAAACAUUUAAUUUUAAAACAUUUAUGGCAUACAGGAGUAGUAAGUGAAGAGGCGUACUUUAACUCACUAUAAUUACAUUUGUUCAAAUGAUUGAUAAAUGUCAUGAGAAUAAACCUAUUUUGCAGGAACAAGCUGCAUUGCUGAGUGACCUUUCAUAUAUCACCAAUGGCAAACACGUUGGCAGGAAGCUACAAGAUACAUUUGCUGACUCCCUUCGAUAUGUGAAUAAGCUUCUCAACAGUAAAUUUGGCUUUACCUCUCGGAAAGUCCCUGCUCACAUGCCACAUAUGAUUGACCGUAUUGUCAUGCAGGAUCUGCAGGAUUUGUAAGUAUAUCUCAGACUCCAGGAGGCGAAGGAGUGAUUGCUUCUAUGUGCUAAUCCUUGAGAUGUUCAUGUUGCACAUCAAAGUGUGAUGAAUCAAAAGUACACUAUGCAACAGCACAUGUUGUACACCUUAUAAGCCUGGUCAUUUUGACUAGGUGAUCUUUCCUAUGGACGGUGAUUUGUAUCCUGACGUCCUGAAGGUUUUAAGCAAAGUUAAAUAUUAAGGAGAUAGGCAAAGGGCUGCUAGCUGCUGGUGCUUAAAAAGAAAAAGAUUUUUGUUUUAUCAGUUUGGCCAUGGUCCUUGGACACAUGGCCUGCUGUGUAGAGUAGACCGUAUGUGGCAUGAUAAUGACAAAAUAAUUACACAUGCUCUUCUUUAUUGUAUUUGAUUUCUUUCAUUGUGCAGGUAUCCAGCUGAGUUUGACAUGACAUCCGCUCACAAAGUCCGUCAUUCGCAAGACAUGCAGUUUGCCUUUUCCUUCUUUUAUUACCUCAUGAGUGCUAUACAGCCGCUAAACAUCUCCCAAGUCUUCGAUGAUAUAGACACUGACGGAUCAGGCAUAUUGUCUGACCGGGAGAUCCGUACUUUGGCUACAAGGAUUCACCAGUUACCUUUAAGUCUGCAAGUGAGUUUAUAUAUAACUAUUUUGAAGUAUUUUUAAAUGUAAGUCAUUCACACACAAUUCAUAAAGGGAAGGGGAUGUCCAACACAUUUUGUUCCUAAAAUAUAUUUUUCUAUAUCAGCCACAGAGGUGGGAACUCUCAUUUAGGAUUAAAAAUGAUUUAAUGCUGAAUGGAAGGAUGACACCAGGGGACUCCAGACAGUAUAACCAAUUCAAUGAGAUGAAGCAAUUACAAUGCCUACAGUGUUUCUUUAAUUAUUAAUGAAAUCAGGCUGUUCCUUGCUGCAGAGAUGGCAGUACUAUAUUCUAACAGAAACAGUUUUUUUCAGUGUUAAUAUUCACAUCUUCAAAUGCUUUGAGCAUUAGUUAUCUUUACACUUUUUGCAAACAUAUUUAUAAACUAUAUAAAUGUGCCUGAAAAAGGUUACUUCCCAGGAAUUUUUAUAACAAAUAUGUACUGUCUUUUCCUGAAAAUAAGACCAGGUGUUAUAUUAAUUUCCCCCCGAAAACUAUGUUAUGGGGAACUUCUUCAAACAUAGACUAGCGAACUAGCGGCUAGGGCUUAUUUUCGGGGAAAUUGGGUAUUUGUGAGACGUAAAAAUAAAAUCUAGAAAUUCAAAUCUCUUUAUCACACUACUGGGUUCCCCAAUUUUUGUCCCUUGUCAGUUAAUGCAGCUGUGCCCUUUGCACAAGGCAGUCCGCAUGGAGAAAACAGAGAGAUAAAAAUUCAAGGGCAGAUUUAUAGAAGUGUGCUCUCCUAAAGGUUGUGCAAAACUAUUAAAGGAGAAGAGUUUCCAAUGGAAUACUGCCUUUCAUGUUGUUUGCACCAUUUUUAGUAGUUUAAACUAUGGUUUAGAACAGAACAGCACACUCGAAUAACUCGCACCUGAUGUUUUUAAUUUUCCCUUCUUUUGUACAAUGAGAGUCCCAGCUGUACUUGGGCUGAACUGAAAAUUUAUAUAAUUUUAAUCAUUUUAACAAUUCAUAGGUAGUUUUCUACGUUUUUGUUGUAGUGGUGUAAUUUCCAGAGAAGUAACAGUUCCCUUUUACAUUAUUGCUACUCUGUUUAUUUUGGAACAACAAUCUAUCUACCAAUCUAGAUAUAGUGCUAUGUAAACAGUGAUCUAUCUAGAUAUAGCUCUAAUCUAUAUAUGUAUGUGUUUUGGUUCUGUAAUGAUCCAACUGCAGAAGGGGAAUUUGACAUUAUAGUCCUCCAUUAAACCCACAUAGCAUAAAGUAUUACAAUGUUCCUAAUGAUUGCUGCUUUCUUUCAUCACAGGAUCUUACUGGUUUGGAACAUAUGCUUAUAAACUGUUCCAAAACACUCCAGCUCAACAGCUCCCAGGAAAGCGUCAUUCCAGCCACACAGGAGUCCUAUUAUGACCCAAACUUGGUAACAAAUUACUUUUUAAAUUCUGUAAUCGGUUCAAGUCCCGACAUCCCCUCUCCCCCCCGAUUGUCCUCUUGAACAGUUCAGAUAAAGAAUAAAGAAGGCAAUAUAAAAUUAAAUGAAAUAAAAACAGAACCGUGUAUAUCAUAUGGCGGCACAUAGAAUCAUAGGUGGUUGAGAUAGAGGCUAAUAAUGACAGCAGAAUCGCUGUUAUGUGCCCGAAGAUUGCACAGACUGGGGAGUCCACAUUCAGCCGAUCCCUUAAAUUGGCAGAGAGAAAACUGGUAUGGUGAUGGCGAAAUGGUGGUGAGAUAAGGUCUCCCUCUAGCCCCAGGCCUGUAUGGAGGCCAGCAUCAGUGAGCCAGAGACCUUCCCGGAUCGGGAGCAAGAGAAAGCCCAGUUGUUCUGCUGCCACCAGCAGUGGGCAGUCUUCGGACAAUGUUGGUGAUGCUUCGGGGCGUACCCCUAUUGGCCUUUGUCCAAGACAGACGAUCAGCAUAUGUAGCUGAUGCAGGUAGGUAAGCUGCACCUGAAGGAGGCCUGCUAAACAUCCGGCUCCUGACCCUUUUCUACACCUACUGCAGCUGAGGCAGUGCAAGAAUUCUAUACUUCUCUAGUUCUGCCGAGACGUGUUGGCAUAUCUCGGUCAGUCGGAGGAGGAACUGCUCCAUCGUAUGAAAAUGUGCUCUAUAGGACUGGGUAGGUGCAUCAUCCGGUGGUGAAAUCACAUCCGCCAUUUUGCUUGGGCCAUCGGGUAUUAUUCGGGCACUGUGUUGAUCUACAGGAACUAGCAAAGGUGAGUGCAUCGAACCUGUGGGAUCCGGGAUAACCCCCGCCGGUCCCGAGGGGAAGUCAAUAGGACCUUUCAGAUGCAGGGUGCCUGCUAGGAAACAUCGCUACUCUUCCCAGGAGUGCGGCCGCCUCUCCAGUCGGAGUGACCCUCAAUGCCUCACUUGGACUUCCGGGGUACACAAAGGGGACACGUGUUCAAACAAGCUGAGAGUAGAAUUUUUGGCUGUUUUCAGGAGUUUAGUGAGGAGCUCCCACAAGAUGCUACGUGCCCCCUAUAUAGAUAUUAUAUUUUGAUCACUGUUAAUUUCUUUAAUUUUCUCGGAAAAACACGUUUAGAGGAAAAUUUAACAAGGCAAAAGUUGCUUAACAAGGACCAACAAAAUGUGUCUCAACAUUUAGUACUUUGUAUCCAAAAUAGCUCCCGUUUUGCUCUGAUAAAUGUGUUUGUUACCAUGCUGUAUGAUUUAUGCUAAUACAAGUUAUGUAUUGUGUGUGUUCACAGCCUCCAGUUACCAAACAUCUUGUAAUCAACUGUAAACCCGUCAUGGAGCUUAUACGUAAAACCUACAAGGACAAGAAUAAAUACAGGUAAGAUUCUAGUGAAUUUUUACUGAUCUCUUUAUCUUAAUUCACUACGGUUGUCUAUCCGGUGGUGCAAUCUAUAAUGCAUGUACUAUGUUUAUGACUUAUGGGAACUACAGUAUAUUCAACUGGUAAAAAUAAUAUUCUGGUACCUCGGAGCACAGAGUACAUGUUGAUUUCCUUUUUAAAAGUACUGAAUAUGUGCUGUAUAUUUUACAUCCUUCUGUCCUCUCCAGAUUUGAAAUUAUGGGAGAGGAAGACAUUGCCUUCAAAAUGAUUCGCACAAAUGUUUCCCAUGUAGUUGGUCAAUUAGAUGAUAUACGGAAGAAUCCCAGGUAGGUGAUACUCUAGUUAAAUGAUGUGACUAAAUAAAUUUUUUAGACCAUAGUCCUGCAUCCAUUAAAACCGGAUGUGCCUCAAAUGAUAGAUGUGUUUAGUCUUCGACUCUUGAGGUCUUUUUACUACAUUGCUACACUUAUUUAUACUACUGUACUGUACUUGCACAUAUUAGAAUUUUGAGUAAGGAGUCUAAAGUGAGACCUGAUAAAGAUUAAAGGGACACUAUAUUCACCAGGACCACUACAGCUUAAUGUAGUGGUUCCGGUGUCUAUAGCAUGUCCCUGCAGGUUUUUUAGAGAAAAGGCAGUGUUUACAUUGUUGUCUAGUAACACCUCUAGUGGCAGUCACUCGGACGGCCACUAGAGGUGAUUCCUAUUGCAGUGCUGCAGCACCUACAUUAAGCAUCUCCACGCUCUGCAUGAAGUUGCUGAAUGAUUCCCAUAGAGAUACAUUCAUUCAAUACAUCUCUUUGAGGAGAUGCUGAUUGGUCAGCACAGUGUUUUGCCGUGCUUGCGCAGUAGCCUCCCAUUCCUUUCUUAUGGUAAAGCUUUGGAUUAGUGGAAAUCAUCAAAACUGAUGCUGCAGCUGGUCCAGCCUCCAUAGCUGAGAGCAAGACCGGCACUGCGAGGGGGGAAAAGGGGAGUACAACAUAGUUCCGCUGGAUUCCAUGCCCUAGUGGAAUUCCCCCGAACAUAGACCUGCUUUCUAGCACAUGCUGUUUCCCCCGAAAUAAGACCUUUCCUGAAAAUAAUAUCUUCACUGCAAUCUGAGGGGACUCAAGGACCUAAACAGCCACUUCAGGACUAUAGUGUUAGGAAUACAUGUUUAUAAAAAAAAAAUGUGUUAUAAAAAAAAAAGUAAAAUAGUUUAAGAAUUUGAUAUAUUGUAUUAAAAUAUUUCAUACCAUGCUUAAACUGUAGAAUUUAGUCCAUAACAUACACAUAACUUUUUUUUUUUCCUUUUGGUUUUACAGGAAAUUUAUUUGUUUGAAUGAUAAUAUUAACCAUAUUCACAAAGAUGCACAGACCGUGAAGGCAGUUUUGAGGGACUUCUAUGAAUCAAUGUUUCCAAUCCCUUCUCAGUUUGAGCUUCCGCGAGAAUAUCGAAACCGUUUCCUACACAUGCACGAGUUGGAAGAAUGGUAAUUUUUUGUUUUUUUUAUCCUAAUAUUUUUUCUGAAAACUAUAAAAGAGUAACCCUAGCAUUGCUAAACUAUGGUAUAACUUGAGUUAGAGUAGUAGUACAAACAUAUAUAUAUAUUUUUUUUAUUUUUUUUUUGAGCAAAAGUACAAUGCAUUAGCAGGUAAAACAAAGAUUAAUAUUAGAACAGAUCUGUCACCUUCGGGGGAUUAGUUGAUAAUUACCUAGGAAAAUGCCUGUUGGAUGAGAAAAUAUACUUGAAGUAGCAUUGUCAUUGUCGUAGCAGUAAUGUCAUUGAUGCACUCCAGCAUAGCUGAGCGGAAUGUACAGUUUAUCCUAGCUGUCUGCAUGCACUACAAUUACCUGAUACUCUCCUAUUUCUAACUGACGAUAUGUUAAUGUGAUUUUCCUUUCAAUGUAAGAUCUAAAUCUAAUUGAGUAAGUUAGGAGAAUAAGGUGCAGAAUGAGAGGUAUUUACUUAAAUGUAUGAAUUACAAAGUAAUACAAGAAAACGUAUAUUAAAGUAACACUAUAGUGUUGGGAAUACAAAGCUGUAUUCCUAACACAAUAAGAACCUCCCGUGAUGUAAAGGGUUUAAAAUUUUUAAACAUAUUUUCCACUUACCUGGUGGCAGCGCUAGGUCGGGCUCCUUCUCCUCCGAUGUCAACAGAUGUGGGGAACCUAAAGCGCAAGCGCCACGCACGCCGUAGGCCUUCCCAAUAGAAAACCAUUGAUUCAUUGCUUUUCUACAGGGUUUUUCAACAUGCUGGACGACCUCAUACAAAGCGUGAGGACCACCAGCAUCGUUUCAUGAAGUCAAACUUCGUGAAACUACAGCAAGUGCCUUUAGGCAGAGGCAGUCUUAACAAAGAGGCAAUAUUAACACUGCAGUGUAAACAUAGCAGUUUCUCUAAAAUGGCAUUGUUUUACAUUGCAGGGUUAAAGGAACAGGGACACUGCACCCAGACCAAUUCAAUGAAAUGAUCUGAGUGUCUACAGUGUCCUUUUAAAAGUAAACCUAUUUUUAACGGAUGCCUUACUCUUGUAGAAACACUUUCUAUGUCUUUGUUGCAGUGACCGAAAGACAGUAAUAAAUCACUCUAGCUAUUGAGCUGUAUAGAGUAGAUGUAACUCAGUGCAGGCUUGGUGUGGUGAAUUCCCAUCAUACCUCUGCAUCUUUGUAUGUUUGUGUUUCCCCAAAAAAGCAUAUUCAAAUAAAAUGUUUAAUGUUUUAUUCAGGAGGAGUUACAGAGACAAGUUGAAAUUUUGGACUCACUGUGUCUUGGGAACAUUGAUUGUGUUUACAGUCCUCUCCUUUUUUGCUGAACAGGUAAUGUUUUUACACCCUAAAAUUUAUAUUUUAUACGUGAAAACCUCAAACACUUUGUUUGGUGCAACCCUGUAUUUUUUGUAAUUUUCCUUUUUUCUCCAACUCUUUCUCUCCAGUUAUAAUGGAUACACCUUACUUGGUUUUGUUCGUGGUUUCUUUCCCUCUUUAAUUUACAUUCUUCCCUUUAAUACAUUUGAAUAAACUUUAAUAUGUUGGAAUUUCUCUUAAUAAAAAAAAUUUAAUUCACUUCCCCCACCCAAAAAAACCCAUAAUAUGCUGAAAGACUCUGUCUUGAAAAACCUGAAAGGGUUAACAUUGAUUAGAAAAUGUAGAAAGGACUGCAGUUAUUUGGCAAGCCUAAAAGACUUGUACCCAAUGUUCACAUACUUUCUUUGCAUGAUGUAAUAACUUAUUAACACAUAAUGUCCUCUUUAUGCCAUUCAAAUGUUGAAAGGUAUGCCGGUGUGUUUGGCUGAGUUGCAGGUGCACCAGUUCAUAGUGUCUUAAAGCGGCACUGUCAUGCCGAACUUACCUUUCCCCAAUCGCUUCCUCUUCUCUCCAUCUGUCAGGAUCUGUUCUUCAUUUCUUCCUGUCUGCUCUAGUUUUCUUUAAAACAUAAGACAAAGUAAGGACUGUUUUGUCUUAUGGAGGUUUCCUACGCCUGACCAUAUAUGACCAGCACAGGAACAAAGUUUGCUCCAUUUCCUGUGGCCAGAGAACUUUUCCCACAAUUCUUACAUUUUCUCUGUGUUUUUUGCAAUGCCUCCUUUCUGUAUUCCCAAAUGCCAGCAAAACUACCGAAUUUCGCCCUAACAGAAUAAGAGCAGUUCCUCCAUUCAUGUCAGGACGAAAUUCGGGACUUUUGUUUAGUUCAAAACUUUAUUAGAAUUAAUGAAAUUCCGAUCCGAUCGCAGCUGCAUCUUGCAGCCGCUUAGUAGAUAGCUCUCUAAUUCCCACGGUAUUAAGGAGCUAUCUACCAAAAGGCUGAAAUACCAAGAUUGGUCUUUCAGCCAACUUUACUAAUACCAAGUAAAAGUAGAUGCCCCACCAUGGGGCCAUUUUUUAGAGUGGGGUGGUAUUUAUUUUAUUUAUUUUUUUACAACAGUGAGCAGCCACUGGAGGCAUAGCGAGUAGGGGCAUUCAGGAGAUUUUCAUUUCCCUUAUGCUAUUAUGGAGGUCAUAUUGACCCCCAUAGAGUGAGGGAGUACAUGGGGGGAUUAGGAAGUGGUGGGGAGCACUGCUCCCUGCCACUUCUAUUUUUACAUAUUACAAGGAGGGAGCUGCGUGCUGGUAGCUCCCUCCUUGUAAUAAACGAAUGAACGAAUAGAUAAAACUCCCGAUCGCAUGCCCAAGUGUUUAACUGGGCAUGCACAGGAAUUUCACAUCUGGUGUGGGCAGGUGAUGUGUCCCACAGGGCGGCGCCCGGGACCUAGGUCCGGGCAGAAUUUAAAGAUAGGGGGGCUUAGGGGCAGACUAUGAGGGCAAUUAGAUGUAGUGGAGUCGGGAGGGGGAUUAAAAAAUAAAACUGGAUUUGGCCAUGACAGUGCCGCUUUAAUGACUAAAAAUAAAAUGCUUAGAAGUAUGGAAAUAGUGAUGUAUUAUUGCAACCCCAAUGCACCGGCAAGCUGUUUUUCUUAAAUCCUUGGCCACAUCUACAAUCACUAAAAUAUGUUAUUGAGCAACUUGAGAGAUUUUUAUUGUGGUUUAAUUAAUGAUGGGAAAAUAGUGCUACCAAUGUACACAUCCAGAACACUCACAACAUUUUAGUUUAAAUGUAAACUACACUAAAGAAAAUUGUAAUAAAUCAGACUGCAACACGACAUCCCAUACAUAAGGGACCACACACUGAAAAACAAGAUAGCCAAGGGAUGUGUGAUUCUGUUUUCCAUAGUACUAUACAUAACAAGAAAGUACUGAUUUAGGAAAUUAAUGCUAUUGUUGGGUACCGGAAACAUAUUAAACCUAGAAAGCAAAUUAGAUCUGUUUGCUUGUUUACAUCAAUUACUGACGCAUGUACACUGUGAGGAGGAUGUCUAUUUAAAUAUUCAUGCCUUGGUGUGUUUUCUUUGUGCCCUAGCUGAUUGCACUAAAAAGAAAGAUUUUCCCCCGACGCAGAACUCAGAUUGGAGCGAGUCCUGAAAGAAGUAAGGUUUAAGUAAAGAGCAAUUGGAAAUGCGAUUCAGUUCUACCUCAGUUCUGGAGAAAACAGAACCACCAAAAUGUCCCAAAAGGAUGGCUUCCAAACUUGAAGCUAUAAUAGCAAAGGUGCGGGCAAAGCUCUCUGCCUGCAGGUGAUUUCCUCUUAUAAGUAUUUAUCUCAUGGCGAUAACAUCCUUCAAGCAAAUUCCACAAGAGACAUAGUUGUACUUGAAUGCAAUGUAUUUGUAAUGUUGGAAUCUAGUUAUGAGAGAACCUUCUGCUUUGGGACAGAUUGGUAAUUGAGCGUGUGACCUUUUUGAAAUCCAAACAAUUCUGAAGUGACAACAAGGCUUUUCUUAUCCUUCUGGCUCACUAAAAACCAACUACUUGUACACACGCUGUGCAGAUCGAAACAAAACUGCUCUUGUUUCAAAAUGUCAUCAAACCUGGUUACUGUGAUGUCCAUUGUGUAUCUUUUUCUACAAGAUUUUGGCAGACGUCUCACUUUUUGUGACUUGAGAUUUGUUCUAGCUUUGUUGAUAACGUCAAUACAAGUUAAGUGCCUGUGUACAGAGAAUAAGAACAUAUUGUCAGUGUUGGGAUAUAUAUUUUUACUGUAGCGAUUUGUGUAAAUAUGAUAUCAGGGUACUUUACCCAUUAUCAGGCAUCGGAUAGCAGCAGUGUUUUUUUCUUUUUCUUCAAUUUAAUGUUUUUGAAUGACAAAUGAAGGAUAUUGCCUAAGAAAAGAUUUCUUAUAAACAGAGAUUCUGCAGACCAUACUGCGAGGUUGUGCCAACACUCCAAGUCUAUUAAUUCUUUAUUGCACCUAAUGACUUUAUAGUGAAUCUAACAUGUGUAUGACAAGGUUGCCUUCUAUACAUUGUGCUUUUUCUACAAGACAGCCUCUGCAAUAUAUAAUGGCUGCAUGCUUCUCAUUGUCGGAGCUUCACUCAUUGUUUAAGAAUGGGCCAGGCAUGUCAUUAGCAUGGAAGUGGCUUACAUGCAAAAAAAAAAAUCUAAAAAAUCAAAAUCAAUUGUGGAUGAAAAUAAAUCUAUAUAUUUGCUAACAACUCGGCUAUCACGAUGUAUAGAUGGCAUUUUGUUCUGUGUAAAGUCUCCCUAUGUAACUUUUAUAUGACAUGUACACUUUAAAGCAGCUCUCUAAGUACCAUGACUAGUACAGGCUGCUGUAAUGGUUAUGACACCAGCAUGCCCAAGGCGCCAUUCCCAAAGUCUGUGUCAAACAAAUUUCAAGUAAUUUGAAGAAACCAAGGCUCUCCUGGGCAACAUGGCCAGGCUCCUUGUUGGACAUACUGCUAUUGUGGAAGUUCUACUUUAAUAUUCGCAAUCUUAAUUUUGUCCAUAUUUGGAUUGACUAAUUUCUUCUUAUAUAGCAGAGGGGUUGGUGUGGCACCUUUGUAAUUCCUCAGAUGUAUAUGCAAAAAAUAGAAGACAGAAGAAAAGAGCUGAUAGUGUAGAAUAUUUUUGUAUUCUUUGGAGAGAUGUAAUCCGUAAGAUGUACACUUACACUUUUCUGGAGCUUCAAUUCAGCUCUAACAAGUGCUUGAGCUUGAAGCUCCAGAAAAGUGCAAGUGUACAUCUUGCUGAUUACAUCUCUCCAAAGAAUACAAAAAUAUACUACACUAUCAGCUCUUUUCUUCUUUGUGUCUGUCUUGUAUUUUUAGCAUAUAAAUCUGAGGAAUUACAAAGGCCCCACACAAACUCCUCUGCAAUAUUUGACUCUGACUUGUAUCGGGUAAGAGAAACACCGGAUUUAGGUGUUAGGCUGCCCCAGUGAACUGUACCAGUAUCUACAAGCGCUGAAUUACCUCUUCCUUAAUUCCUUUUCAUACCUCAUGUAGCUUGACAAUAGGAAUCUGGGUAACUGGUAUAUGCUUCGGGGCCAUCUGGCGAAGACAUUGCAGCUUCUAUGAUAAGUCAUAAGCGGAGUCUCUUUCUUUGCUCGAAGUUUCUUCAGCUGGCAUGCCCAACCUAUGAAUGUCAUUCAAAUUUGGACAAAACUCCACAAAAUACAGAAGUGUAACGUCCAUAGUAGCGAUAUGCUUAUGUGACGUUCCAGGCCAUGGUGCUUAAGAGAAAAAAGUUUAGCACAGCACCUAGUAAGAGUGCCAGGGGCAUGCAUGCUGGCUCAAUAGCCACUGCAUCCGGCUAUAGUGGUUAUGGUACUUAGAGUGCCUUUAAGGUCACUGUGUAAAUCCUUCAGGAUAAAUAAGGAACUCAUACAUUAAGUCAUUGUGUUUUUUUUUUUAUUUAUAAUUUAUAUCACUAACCUAUCUCUGUUGAUCAGUGAUGAGGGAAGUAAUGUUAUUUUAAAUAUAUGAAUGUACAUUAAUUGUAAUAAUGACAAGUCUGUUUCUUGAUUAAACACUGUUUGGAUGCUACUGAGUUCUAUGAAUUACAAAAUUGUGUCUGUGAACAAUUGUUUGCUUUGCUACAUAUAAUUUUUUACACUGCCAAUAUAGGAUUUUUUUUUUUUUAACAUGAAAUGUUUGCUUGGACAGUUAAUAUAAUUAUGCUACUUUAUCAUUUUUAGUCUGUAACUAUUGUACGGUGUGGGUUAAUUGUUACCCACAUCAUUAUUAACCUAACAAGUGUCACAAAAUCCAAUUUGACAAGCUAUUUCCACUGCACAUAUAACAGAGUGUUUUAAUUAAUGCUGGGUUUUUGGGGGGUUUUUUGGGCAGGGGGAGGGAUUUACAAGAUAUCAAUGCUUUUAGUUUUUUUCCCCAUUGUCUUUUUAUAGAAGCAAUGAUUAUUUCCUUUUCACUUUCUCUAAGCUAUGCUAUGUAUGUUACAAGUACUUGAACUUGCGCUUCCAUAAGCUUAUUUUUGUUAUGCGAAUGUCGCAUAUCAUUGUGUAUUUUGUUGCUUUCAUUGUAACUCAAUCAAAAAUAAAUAAUGAAUGUUUCAACUUUUAACGACUUAUUUCCCCCAAUUUAAUUUGGUAGUGGCUGGCUUUAAAACUUUUUGUAUCAGAUUCACUCCAGAAAAAAAACUGAACUUCAUGGAUCAAUUCUCAUAUUUUACAGCACUGCUAAA